CGAAAGAGCACUCACAGAACAAAUUAUAUCAUGGCUAUUCACAGCAUAGAAAGUAUGAUGGCAGUAGAAAUUCUUUUAACUUGAACUCUGAGCAAAAACCCCAAAAAAUGGAAACACACGCUUUAAAUUGGAAUAGCAUCGUCGAUAACAAAUCGGAAAUUGUGAAUUAUGAGCAACAAAAACCAAUAAUCGACCAAUGCAUAAACAGAGCAGUAUCUAAUAGAAGAAAUGUGGACGAGAAUUACACUGCCGAGAAUAGAAAUUCAGAGCCGGGAAGUCUAUGUAACACGCCAGAUGAAAUUUUAAAGAGAAUCCAACGAAAAUCGUCUUUGGGUAGAUUUAAUAUAAGGAACAUUGAAAGUGUCAAUGUUCCCAUAAGUACAAUUCGAAUGCUUCUCAAUGCAGAUAAUAGUAACCAAUAAUACCAAAGUUUCGUUUAUCAUAUAAUACGAAAGAAAAACAAGCUAAUUAGAGCAAUUAAAUAAUGUUUGUCAUUUAUUCAACUAUAAUCAUUAUAUAUAUACAAAAAAUUAAA